UUUUUUUAAUUUUACGUUUCUACUGAAUAUUACGUUUCUUUUAUUUGGAAUAUAGUAGAUGAAUAUGUAGAUGAAGGAAAUUUUGUUUGCACAUGUUUUCCAGCGAUACACCAUUCACAUGGUUUCAGCUUGUUUUUCUCGUUAAAAUUCAAGAUUUUUGUUUUCUUUAAGACUUUUUGAAGAGGUCUUCUUACAUACAUCUUUUAUUAAAUUUCCUUCUUCUUCUUUAACAUACAUUAACUUCUGUUUUACAUAACUCCUAUAACAUUAAUGCCAUUUCAACAGUAAUGUAUUUUAAACAUUUCAAACUUCUAAGAUCUAAUUAUUUUCUUUUUUUAGUUAGUGAUAAUAAAUCGAUUUUAUCAGUAUUUCACAUAAACCUACUUGAACAUAUGAUUAUGUGCCGUUUAGUUAUGGGUAAUAAAACGAUGGCAAUCCAAGAAAUUUCAACGUGCGCCACGAUUUGCAAAGAUAAUCCAAAAUUACUUGACACGCAUAGUACUCAACUACACGCACUUCUCGGGUUAUAUUCGAUGAAUAUGAACUGUUUUGAAGCCGCUGAAGCUCAAUUUAACAUCGUCUUAUCUACCGCCCAAAGUCGAGAUUUAUUCACAUUUGGAAAUCUUAACUUAGCCAUCAUUUUUUUAAGAAAUAAACGCGAAUCGGAAUUAAAUAAUAUAUUAGAUCGGAUUCUUCCGGAUAAUUUACCAUCAAUUUCGCAAAGUUUACGAGCAGCUGCUUAUUAUGUUCAAGGGCUCCAAGCAUUUUUUGAAAUGAGAUUUAAUGACGCAAAAAGAUUUUUAAGAGAAACUUUAAAAAUGGCAAAUGCAGAAGAUAUGAAUCGAUUAACAUCCUGCUGUUUAGUGUUAUUGGGACAUGUAUUUCUUUCAUUACGAAAUCAUCGUGAAAGUAUGAAUAUGGUUUCACCGGCCAUGCAAUUAGCAAGCAAAAUACCGGAUAUUCAUGUUCAAUUAUGGGCUUCGGCAAUAUUAAAAGAUCUUUACCAAAUUUGUGGUGAUCCACACAGAGAGGGUGAAGCUUAUCAACAACACGUGCAUUUUUCUCAAAUGCUGUUGAAAGAACAUUAUCAAGCUUCGAAGCUUCCUGCUCAUAAUUUAAUUCAUUGGACUCAAGGACCAGUUCCUCCCAGUAUUACACAACCCAGUUCAUCAUCACCAAGUACUUCUUCAGCUGGUACAGCUGGUACAGCUGGG